GAUGUAUCAGUGGCGCCCUCUAUAAAACUUGUGCAGCUGUCAUUGCAAAUACACACACACGCCAUUCAUAUAAUGACGACAAUGUCUGUCGCCCGUAUUCCCUGUUUUCAAUAUUAGAGUGGCUUUUAGUUGGAUGCAUUGUAUUCUGAAAAACAAUUUUAAAAAGUUGGCUGUGUUUGUUUAUUUUGGUUUUUUUCUGUUGGAUAUUUGUGUUCAGCUGCAGUAAGUCGAUCUCAACAUUGUGAAUCGGCCGUUUCGACCGGAUGAUCUAUACCAAAUGAUUUUUUUUGGAUGAACAUCUAAACAUUCAGCAAUAUGAAUCCAACAUUUAAAACUAUAUCAAGGGCGGAUUUAGCGAUCCGACCAAAAAAUUGCUACUUAUGCGAUGCUAGUGUUCAAAGUGUACACAUUCGAAAUGUUGAUCAACUUUUCUACGAAGAUCCAAAGCGAAAUGAUGACCAAUCAAAAUCAUUGGCCACAAUUCUAUCGGAUAUUCUGGAGCAAAGUGUCGAAGAGCAAACAGUACAUUCGAAAAUUGUAUGUCGAAAAUGUCAACAAAUGUGCACCGAAUACAAUCGCCUAGCGGCUCGAAUGCAAGAGCUCAAACAAAACAUCACACAUAAUUUUAAUGAAACGGCCAAUAAGUACAAUUUAAAAGUCAUUGAAAUGGAAUUGAGACACAACUAUGAGGCCAUUAACGAUGGCGACGAUGGUAAUAUUACAAAUAUGUAUGCAAUUGAAUCGGUUGAUUCGGCCAUUGCUGAGGUGUUUAACAAUGAGAAUGUUGUUGUUGACGAUGGCGGCGGCGACGGCGGCGGUGACGGUGUUGGCAUCAAUGAUACUGGUAAAAAUGCCCGAAUGAAGAAAGUGAUGCUCAUCAAAUCGGAAAAUGGAACGAGCCCAUUCUUUGCAAUUUCUGGUCCAUCAAUGCUAUCGUCUGGUAUGGACGAAACCAUUGAUGAUGAUCAAGCUAUUCACACAGUGCUUUUGGAGGAGAUGAACGAGACAAAUGAAUUUGAUAGUGCAACAAAUACAAAUGAUGGAAUGAGCGAUGAAGCCGACCCACAUGAUGCAAGCGAACAGUAUAUUGUCGCCGAACAUUUGACGGACGAUGGCAAAGAGUAUUUCGAAUCGAAUGGCGAUCAGAUGAUUGAAAUCAGUACAAAUGGUGAAAUGAGCGAUUCAAAUUAUCAGUAUGUAUUCCAGGAGGAUAGUGCCGAGGAACCGGAUGACGAUGAAGAAAAUUCAUCGGAAAUGCCCGACGAUAAAAUGGUGUCGUACGAUGAUGAAUCGUAUUUAAAAAAUGAGCAAUCCGAUGGUGGUGGAGGCUUUGAAGUGAAAACCACCAGUCGAUCGGGCAAUCGAAAAGGCAAUAGUGCUGGUGAGCACAAAGAACUGUUUUUGCGUGAAGGCAAAAAAUUCCAAUGUUUACUGUGCCAACCGGCAUCGUUGGUGGUGUAUGACACAAAAACCAUAUCCAUCCACUUGAAAACGGAUCACAAUGAACGGAUUUAUGUGUGUAGCGUGUGCGGUCUUGAUUUCCGUAAACGUAAUCCAUAUAAUGAUCAUAUGGACGAGCAUACGGCCGCCACGGCUGAUGGCACAUACGAAUGUGAAAUAUGCAAAAUUAGCUUUUCCGAUGCACGCCAAUUUCGAGUACACAAAAAGACACAUAGUGUAACCACGAAAAUUUGGCCAUGCAAAGCGUGCGGCAAAAAGUUUAGUUCGAAAAAUCUAUUGGAUGAGCAUAUGAAUAUGCAUACGGGCGAACGUCCCUACAAAUGUCCACAUUGCACCAAAGAUUUUGCCUCCAAAUACACACUAACCGCACACAUGAAAAUCCAUUACGAUCGCAAGCGACCGUACGAAUGCAAAGAAUGUGGCAAAUCAUUUUUCAGCAAUCAAAAUCUCACGCAACAUGUUCGCACCCAUACGGGCGUCAAAGAGUUUGAGUGUGAAGUGUGUAACAAAAAGUUCGGUUCACAGCAUAAUUUGGAGGUGCAUAAAAUUGUUCACACCGGCCACAAGCCAUUCAUUUGCCGAACGUGUGGCAAAGCGUUUGCACGCCGAGCCGAAAUAAAAGAUCACGAACGAACUCAUACAGGCGAACGUCCGUAUAAAUGUGAUAUGUGUCCGUCCAGUUUUGCCCAACGUUCGAAUUUGAUGUCACACAAACGAGCCACACAUUUCAAUGACAAACGCUACAAAUGCGAAACAUGUUCACGGUCAUUUAAACGGCGACGUCUUCUGGAAUAUCAUAUCAAAGCGACACACACUGGUGAACGUCCCUACAAAUGUACCACCUGUAAUGCCACCUUCGUGUAUCCCGAACACUACAAGAAACAUAUUCGCAUCCAUACUGGUGUGAAACCGUUUGCGUGUGAAGUGUGCGGCAAAACAUUCAAUAGCCGAGACAAUCGAAAUGCACAUCGUUAUGUGCACAGCGAUAAAAAACCAUAUGAAUGUUUAGUGUGCCAUCAAGGUUUCAUGCGAAAACCCCUGCUAUACGCUCACAUGGAACAACAACAACAUUUGAACGACCAAAUCAUUGUGAAUCAACCGGAUUUCAAAAAGGAUAACAACAAUUUACAAAAUGACCAAUCGAACGAAGGUGACAUUGUCUAUAUCAGUAUGAAUGACGAAGAAUUUAUGGACGAUGAUGAGUUUACACUCGAGGAGGAACAUAUCGUGGAUGAAAGUGAGGUGAUCAGUGAAGAACAUUUGAUGAGCGAUAGUCAAUUUAGUGGCAAUGGAACCGAAUCGACGGAUACAAGCAAUCGAAGUGGUAAACAAUUUUUGGUGCGACAAAAGCGUCAAAGUCUCACUGAUAUCGAUGAUUUAGCCGUUAAUAUGAAGGAUUCAGACGCUGUAACAUACAUAGAAACGACGGAAACUGAUCCGGACGAUCCAUUAAGUCUGGAGCAAAUAUGUGUACCCGUCGAUGGAGUGAAUGUAUUCUAUGGACUAUCAUCAUAAUUGAUAGAAAGAAGAAAAACAAUUUUUUCGAUUUUGUGUUCAAAAAACGCAAAACUAUAUGCAUAAUGGAUGUAAAUUGUCUAUUAGAUGAAAAGCAAAUGAAAAAAAAACUAAUGAAUCACAGUGAACAGUGAUGGUUAUUUUGUAAAUUACUCUCUACUUCACUCUUUAAACACCGAACAUUUUCUUACUUUAAAAUGUUGUUAAGCAUAGCCAUUAAGACAUUUCAAUUGGGAAUUUUACAUUUUGAUAGAAUAAACCUUCAACCUCAUGA